AUGGAGCCGCGAGGCCUCUUUUCCCAGGUUCCCCCCGAUUAUGAGUCUCGAACGCAGAUCAACCCGACUCUGUUGAUGAGCUGGUGGGCAACGGGCUUCUCACUGGCUAUCAUCGUUGUCCGACUAUGUGGUCGCUAUGUCCGUCUCGAGCGCUUCUUUCCCGAGGACAAGGUCAUGGUGCUCAGCAUAAUACCCCUGGUCAUUCGGAUGCUCCUGGUACAUUUCGUCUUGAUCUACGGCACGAACAAUGUCCAAACCGACGGUUUGACGGCGGAGGAGAUAUCAAGGAGGGAGAUUGGUAGCAAGCUGGUGUUGGUGGCUCGGAUAUUUUACGCGAUCUUUAUCUGGAUGGCCAAACUGACCGUCUGUGAAUUCCUCGAGCGAGUCACCGGUAUGGUCUGGCGCCGCUCCGUCGCCAUCUUCCUACGCUUCAUCCACUUCUUUCUCAUAUCUACGCUGGUUGCUGUGGUCAUCGCGACGCUGGCCGAGUGUCAGCCCUUCGAUCACUACUACCAGGUUCGCCCUGAUCCCGGGCUCAACUGUCGCUCGGGCUACGCCAACCUCAUCACCAUGGGCACUUGCGAUGUCAUCACCGAUCUUCUCCUCGUCGCCUUCCCCGUCCCGAUAAUACUCUUGGCUCAUAUGCCUAUGAAGCGCAAGCUCGGCCUCGUCGUCCUGUUCUGCCUCUCCCUGGGCUUGGUUGCCAUCACCUGCUAUCGAGUCCCAUCCGUCAUCUACCAUAACGGAGCCCAACCGUACCGCUCCCUCAUCGCAUCCCUCGAAAUCCUAGCCGCAACAGCCGUCUCGAACGUGGUCGUCAUCGGCUCCUUUGUCCGCGACCGCGGCGUCAAGAAACUGAAGUAUAAACGCACCCAGGGCUCUGCAUCGGUCACCGAAAGCAUGGAUACAAGCUCCGUCCGUCGCAACACCCUCAUGCAACACCAGUGGGGCAGCGACUCGGACCUCGCUGCGGGCGUGGGUAUCCGCUUGGACCCCAAGCUCCAUCCCUCCGUUCCAUCACCUGCUACUGCCAUGGUCGCCCCUCCUCUUCCCCUCAACGUGGCACGUACCGGGUCUAUAGACCCAUCGUGGUCAUUCCAACAGGGCCGUUCUUCCGACGACCGUAUCUCAGCUGACGACAGCCUCGACUUGAAAAUCAGCCCUCAUGAAUAUAUCAAGACGAACAAGCCUUGCGAGUCACCUCCUACCCCGGCAUCCCUCUCACGCCAGGUAUCCUUCUUCGAUGUGGGCGGUCUGUUGAAUCAAGAUCUACCACAGCCCCGUACUGAUACACGCCGUUCGCAUACGGCCGUCUCUUCGCCCGCUAAUACUGAAACCCAACGGAUCCGUCGUGGAAACAGGGCUUUCCUCGAGGAUCUUGGUGUUCUCUCACCGCGUAGUACUACAUCUGCUACCCCGGCACGUUUAUCAUCACCUGCGGCGCCGGGUAAUACCCAUACUCUUCCAUCCUACCGAGCUUCACCCGACGUCUCACUUAGUGUGGAUGUGGACGUCGAACUACAGGACGUCGGUGGGCUUUUAUCUUCAAGGCAUAAUAACGUCUGA